AUGUACUAUCACUAAAACGCCCCUGUUCAUUAAUAUUCACCAUUUCAGACGAUGCCAACUGUCCAAUAUAAAUAACAUGCCACAAUACAUCCACCACGCAUUAAUUAAAUUUAUUAAGCAUAGUCAUAAAUAUAACCUUCAUAAUCAUCAAAUUUUCGAUAUAUGCAAAAUUCUUAACAAUUAAAGUAAUCAACUCUAAGCACCUUCUAACCUUAUUAGCCGGACCCAGAAGUAGAAAAAAUAAUCUCUAAAUAUAAUACAACAUAAAAAAAUACUUAAAUUGAAUAACCCGUAACUCACUGGCCAUCCAAUAGUAUUCAGUAGAACUAAUCAAACUAAUUUAGAGACUAAAAUCAAAAUAGUAAGGAUGAGUAAGAAUUCAAAGAUAAUAAUACACCACUCCAUUUUUAAUUUGAUGAUAUUAAAUAGAGGAAACCUAAUUUAGAAUAGAAGAACUAUUCUCCAGAUAAAAAUGAUUUUAAGGAUUUUAUUCCUUUAAAAUAAGAAUAAGUGGCCCUUCCUGAAUAAAACGAUAAAAUUGUUAAAUUAAUAGUUUCUGGGAUCAUUGUUUUAUUAAUUUUAUAUAUCAUAUCAUUUCUACUACUAAAAUGA